AUGAGCGGUGUUCAAACAGCGGAAGAAGCGAUGGCGAACGCGGGUGGUGGCGAUAUUCACAUGCCCGAUGAGCUGGAGGGGUUGACACUCGAGCAGGCGGAGCAGCUGCGUGCCGAGUGGAGCCGUGAUCUGGCGCGCGUCGAGGACGAGAUCGCCACUUUGCGCACGGUCUUGCAGAGCAAGAUUCGUCAGAGCUCGGACCUAAAAAGGAAGCUUGGCAUAACAGUUUGGAAGGAGAUCACCGAAGACGUUAAUCAGGGUUUGAAAAACGUUAAGGAGAGCCAAGUCUAUCAAACGAUAGAAACACGCGUGGCUGCGCUUACACAGGCUGUGACCGAAGCACCCAUAUACCAAAAAACUGAAUCUGUGAUAAAAUCGACGGCGGAGAAAACAACCUCCAUCCUGGGGGGCAUCACGGCGGGCGUGUCCAACAGACUUGGCCAGAUGCGCAACUCGGAUUCAUUUCGCUCUAUAGAAGAGCGCGUCGGCACUGCUUACGAGAAUGUUAAGGGCAAAGUGGCGUCGCGCUCGAACUCGACGCAGAGCUUCGACGAGGCGCUGCGCGACGCUAGCCGCGCGCCCAGCGGCGCCGCCUCGCCCACCAUCCCCGAGCACAAGCCGCUGCCCUAG